AUGCACUCCUCGCCUACUUCGAUUCCUUCGACCGACCCUUCGACCGACUCGUCUGACAAGUCGACGAGAUCCAGCCGACCACCUGGAACUCCCAAGCCACCAUUUGAGCCUCCAAGAAGACGAUCUUCUCUCUUCUUUUCCAAGGUCUUACCGCAUGACGAUUCCCCAAAAACGCCAGGUGCGAGGUCGUCGAUUAGCAGUGAAGGCCAGCAGCAUUCCGAAAUCACAUUUCCGGCUUCGAACACAGGCCGAAAGAGAUUGGUGUCCCCACGAACAAGGUCGGCUGCAAGGCCAGGCCAUGUUGCGCAAAUGCAGAGGCUCUUUCAGAAUGCAAAGGCCUCCCUGCGGCUUGACGUACGUUUCGCGGCUUCCCCGGCUGGUUCAAUAGAUUCAAGGCUUCCCUCGAGUCCCGAAGAAGACGAAACCAACGACCAUGCAAACGCCGUUCCGUCCAAAACAUCUGCUCCUGGGACACCUGCAAAAGAUUGGAGGUAUUCUACGGCUCCGCAUCUUCUUGCAGAAUUCGACGUCGAUGUUCGAGAGCCGUUCCCAGAAGGAGGCUCCCCGCAGCUUCCAGCGCUACCCUCGGUGUUUGUCGACCACAAUGACAUCCUCGAUCCUGAGCCACCAAGCAGCGGGUUCACGUCACCCGUGGAAAGUGCGCCCUCCGUGUUUCGCAACGCCAACCAAGCUAUUCAAUCCACGCCCUCGGCUCGAAUCGAUAAUACAGCCGACCAACGCCCUUGCAGAUCUUCGAUUGACUCUCUGUGCCCAGAAGAUCUCGAACGACCAAUGACCGAACUACGUGUGAGUGGCGAUCAUGAGAUGGAUGUUGACACUGCGGAUGACUCUCCGAUCGUCAAUCAUCUGAAGAGGAAAUCUGCCGACGCAUGCAUUGACAUGAAGAUACUCGACGAGGCUGAGAAAGCUAUAGUCCUGCCACCUUCCGCAAGGGCUGCUGCGCAAUCGGCAAAGAUAAAGCGAGGAAUGCUAAGCAACUUGUUUACUAAGCCACCUACCAGCGGAGGAAGUGAUGGCGGUAACUCAUCUCAAGAGUCCGCCUUGUCCAACAACAGUGGAACAACAUGUCCGGACCCGUUACUUCACGCACGCACACCGAUGGUACUAUGUCCGGAUCCAGCAAUGCAUUUUACGCCAAAUCCCUCACUUCAUCAGCAGGUCACUCCGAGUCCCAAUAUUCCUGGUCAUCACAAACCCCAUCAUGUACAUCAUGCGGUGGUACCUCAGCCACCAAUGCCGUUCAAUCGAACAACCGCGACAGGAAGUCCUAUGCCUAUUUUGAAGGCCAAAUCGCCGCCAGUGCCGUCAGGUGGCAGUAGACGUCCUUCUCACGAUUCCGUUCACCCAAGGCAGCUUGGUCCUCCAUCACAGUUUCAACACCGUCCGGGUGGACCACCGGUAUAUCAGUAUCGCUCUGGUACUACCGAGCAUUUCCGGCCGGGCUGGUACUAUGCGAGAGAUAGCCCGCAAUCUUCAUCCAAACCAGGCAGGCCUAUGUACUCCUUCUCCACCGCUGCUGCUAAAGUCGUGGGCCAAGAUCCUGCUCCAGACUCGAGAAUACGUGACUCCUACAGGACUGAUACUCUUACACCACUGGCUAGACCUCCCAGCAGAUUCAGAAAGAAUGGGGUAGCUGCCAUUGCCAGUGCUCGAGGCGUCAGCAAGUACUAUGGGCGACCGCAGCCGAGGCAACCUCUACGACAGAGAUAUGCCAAUGGAACAACCUUUCCAGACGCUAUGAGAUUCAGAAGCAGCCCUCCGCGCUCUCACACGGACUCUGCACAGACUACACAGUCAAGGAACGGUCCGCGAGGAAUCGACACUCCAACAAGCCAGGUUAUGGAAAACGCCCCUGUCCAAGGAGAGGUUAUUGAUUCAAAAUUGAAGUUGGAGGAAGGUGAAGACGUUAUCGAGGUUGACGAUCAAACAAGAGCAGCCGUUCGUAUGAGCCUCUAUGGAGGCGCAGCAUCCGAGUCGACGAGCGAUGUGGGACAGAGCCUCCAAGAGCUUAGUCCAAAUGUGAUGAUGUGGAGGAAAGGCAAUCACCCACCAGGAAGCCGGGAAAAGAGGCGCCCAAGUUACUGGGACGUUGAUCUUGAAGAAGUUGUCCGGAGUCCCGCUGCCAGGCAUGUGGUCAGUUCGCCUAUCAAAAAGGACGAUGUGAGAUCGCACAAGGGUGAGGUCGAAUAUGAAGAAGAAAAUAUUCUACCGGAGGCGUUCAUUGGUCCCGAGGACCAGGACCACGAUCAGAUGAUUGGUGAUGGAUGUGCUGCGCAGGACGUCAACAUGGAAGAUUGA